AGCAGAGGUCCCCGGAGAAUCUCCUUGAGGGAGCUCUACAGGCGUUGUUAAAGAGGAGAUUGACACAUCACCAUAGGUGCUUCUCCGCUGCAGGAAUCCUUUGCAGAAGCCUCUCCUGCCCAAUGAGGUGGAAUGCUUCCCAGGCACAUGGUCCGUGCUGCCCAAAAAUAACCUGGGACCCAGCAAGCUGACAAAUGUUGCUGCUUUUUGCUGGUGACAGUUUGCCCAAGCUUCUUGCCGCCAUUUAACCCAAACUUCAAGGUUAACUUCCAGCACAAAAAAAGGAGACCUGGGCUGCAGCUAAUUUCCUGCUCACCCCUGGAGGGCCUGGAGGACUUGACCACUGUCUCUUACCUCAGUUCCAGCUUGAGGAUUCUCAGAUCUAGACGGCAGCUUCUGGGUUAAUCAGAAGGAUGCAAGAGAAUAACUUGGAAGCUUCUACAUCUAUAUCCCAGCUUUUAAGAGAAAGCUACCUGGCCGAAUCCAGAAUCCACCAGAAGCACAGUGAAGUCAGCCGAUCAGAAGCCACUUCACACCUUCCAUUCUAUGGAAACAUUACAGGCAAGUCAGAUGAGUUAAUAGCACAGGAUGAAUUCCUAGACCUGUCAGCCUUUCUAAACCAAGAAGAACUGGACAAAAGUGUCAACCUUGCUCGUCAAGCCAUUGGCCAAGGAGCACAAGAAGAGAAAUCUCAGCCCAAUGUUGGAAAUUAUGCAGCCCAUGAGCAAAAUAGUCCCGUGACACCUAACCCUAAUAAGCAGUUUUCAGCAUCCACUGCACUGUCGCAAGUCAAGCCAGCAUUUCAAAGUUUCCACCAGGAGAAUGUGAUCAAGAGCAACCGAGGUCCCAGGGAAACACCACAGGAUCUUAAAAAAACAGUGAGAAAUUCUCCAUAUGGAGUUGAAACCCCAACCAAGAAGGAAUUCCUUAAUAAGGCAGCUGACUUCAUUGAGGAAUUGAGUUCCCUCUUUAAGGCCAACAGUUCUAAGAGAAUUAGACCCAGAUCAUGUAAAGCCCACAGAAGCAGGUACCAGGCAAAGACUCAGCUGGACGAGUCAGUGUUUCCAUACAACGCAGAAGAAAGAGAAAGACCCAUAGCUCCUUUGGCCAGUCAACUGGACACAAAAGCCAACCUCUACCACGAGGAAACCGAUGUGUAUGGACAGGAGACAAAUGCAGAAGAAGAAUCGUCGGACACUGGAGUGUCAGAGAGCUGUGAGCUCGAGUCUUCCUCCAGGUCCUACGAAAUGGAGGAGCCAAUCGGGGAACCUCCACGGUUCAUUCAAAAACUCAAGAGCAGAGAGGUGCCAGAGGGCAGCAAGGUGCAGCUGGAUUGCAUUGUUCAAGGAUUCCCUCUACCUGAAGUCAGGUGGUUCUGUGAGGGUAAGGAGUUAGAGAACAGUCCUGACAUUCAGAUUCUCAAUGAUGGGGAGCUGCACUCCCUGAUCAUUACCGAGGCAUUUGAGGAGGACACUGGACGCUACUCUUGCUUUGCCUCCAACUUCUAUGGCACAGAUUCCACUUCUGCAGAGAUCUACAUAGAGGGUGCCUCCUCUUCCGAAUCUGAAGGUGAACAGAAUUUUGACAGCAAAGCACAGGCCCAGAAGAAAACAUCGCUGUCAUUUUCAGUUUCAUCUCCACCACAAAAGACAGAGCCCAUUUGUGAAGAAGAGACUCAGCCAGUCCAGAAUCCUGUCGUUCAGCCUUCUGCUCAGUUACCUAUACAGGAGAGUCAGAGCUCCAACAUCUACCUCCAGGGUUUAGAUGGAAGACCGAUAAUGGCUGCUCCAGUUUUUACAAAGACUCUUCAAGAUUUAACAGCCUAUGAGGGGCAACUGGUUGUGCUUGAGUGCCGAAUCAAAGGGGCUCCGUCCCCGAAGGUGGAAUGGUACAGGGAGGGCACCUUGAUUGAUGAUUCUCCUGAUUUCAGGAUUUUGCAAAAGAAGCCAAGGUCCAUGGCAGAACCAGAGGAAAUAUGUACAUUGGUAAUUGCUGAAGUCUUUCCUGAAGAUUCUGGAACAUUCACUUGCACAGCUAAAAACAAAUAUGGGACGGUGUCCAGCAUUGCCUAUCUGAAAGUGAAAGGCAAUGAGAACAGCAAUAACUACACUGCAGUGUCCAGAAUCACGUCCCAGCACAGAGCUCCUGAGGUCAUCUCGGCUGACCCCCCAGGCUGCCUGAAGCCCAAGCUGGAGGGGGUCCUUGUUAAUCACAAUGAGCCUCGAUCCAGCUCCAAGGCAGGGCUGCGUGUGCACUUCAAGCUGCCUGAGGACGAGAAGGACAGCGAGGCUUCCUUCGAACAGGGAGAUUUCCUCACCAAGCCGCCAAAGGCCGGCUCUCCGCUCGAAAUGCUGAAUGGACAGCCGGCAGCCACCGUGCCCACUUCACCCAUCAAGGAGCCCCCACCAGUCUUUGCCAAGCCCAAGCUCGACCCCGUGCAGCUCCAGCUACUCCACAACCAAGUCCUGCUUGAGCAACAGCAAGAGAGCGUCACCCCGCGCCAUCUGGAGUCUGCGUCCCACCCCGCCCCAGCCUUCCCCGAGCCCCCGGCCAACAUGAACGUCAUCAAUUCCACACACCUGCCCCUCCAACAGUCAGCCCCCUCCGCCAACACAAACCUGCCUCAGACCUUCAACUACGCCCGGCCCAAGCAGUUCAUUGCCGCUCAGACCCUCCCUCCUGGCAGGGGCUUUUCCCCGACGGAGUCCCCCGUCCCCAUGCUGAACGCCAUGGCCCAGGCUACCCAAGCGGCUCCAAAACCCCCAGCCGAAGAUGUUUUUGCUCCAGCCCCUGCCACCCCUCCCCAUUUCCAGCCAUCUCCAUGGCUGUUCCAAACCAGGGUCUUGCAAUCGCCCACCAGUCCCACUGGACCUAUGGCAUCACCUCCCCCCCUUUACUCUGCUUUCGCCAUUCGUGCUCAGUCCCCCCCCCAUGCCCCCUCCCCGACUCCCAGCAGCUCCACUCCCAGCCCCAUUCAGAAUCCAGUGGCCUUCCUCAGCUCCGUCCUGCCAUCGCUGCCCACCUCUCCACCAACUAACGCCAUGGGCCUGCCAAGGAGUGCCCCUGCAGCGUCUCCACAAGGUAUACUAAAGAAGAAUCCAAAGUCCCCUCGCUCGGUAUCAGAUGACGAAAUACGGGACACCAAAGAUGCAGUCCUACAUGACCUGGAGAAAAAACUACGGUUUAAAGAUGAUGCAGCACAAAAUGGGCAACAGAAGCUGACUUAUGAGGCAAAAAUGGCCCGCAGACUGCUUGGACCAAACAAUGCUGCAACAGUCUUUAACUUUGAUGAGGUACAAGAAUGUUCUCCAUCUCAGGAUCUUAAAUAUAUGAUAGAAUCAACCCGCAACACACUUGGUAAACAGCAGGAGUAUAAGGUCUCUAGCUUUGAGCAGAGAUUGAUGAGUGAGAUUGAGUUCCGACUGGAACGUACCCCAGUGGACGAAUCCGAUGACGAGAUACAGCAUGAUGAAAUUCCAACAGGCAAAUGCAUAGCACCUAUUUUUGACAAGAAGCUGAAGCACUUCCGGGUCAUGGAGGGAGCUUCUUUGUCCUUCACCUGUAAAGUGGUGGGGAUACCUGUACCAAAGGUUUACUGGUUUAAGGAUGGCAAGCAAAUAUCGAAGAAAAAUGAGCACUAUAAGAUGAAACGAGAAGGUGACGGCACCUGUGUUCUGCACAUUGCAACUACCACUAAUGAUGACGAUGGCAAUUAUACCAUUAUGGCUGCAAAUCCACAGGGAAGGAUCAGCUGUUCUGGUCAUUUGAUUGUACAGACUGGUCCAGUGCGCAGUCGACUAGUACCAGCUAUUCAUUCCCAAAGGGUGCGCUCCCGUCCGCAGGAAGGGGAGAGGGGAGAGCCUGUCGAAGAGCGCUUCUUCCGGCCUCACUUCCUACAGGCCCCAGGGGACAUGGUGGCUCACGAAGGAAGACUCUGUAGGCUUGACUGCAAGGUAAGCGGAUUACCAAACCCUGACCUGAUGUGGCUACUCAAUGGAAAACCAAUCCUUCCAGACUUAAACCACAAAAUGCUGGUGAGAGAAAAUGGAGUUCACUCACUCCUUAUCGACCCACUGAUGCAGAGUGAUGCUGGAACUUACACAUGUAUUGCAACCAACAAAGCAGGACAAAACUCCUUUAGCCUGGAAUUAAGUGUUGUAGCAAAGGAGGUGAAAAAAGCUCCAGUGUUCCUGGAGAAGCUGCAGAACACAGGAAUCCCAGAGGGAAGCCCAGUGAGGCUGGAAUGCAGAGUGGUGGGGAUGCCACCCCCAGCUAUAUACUGGAAGAAAGACAAUGAUACAAUCCCUGCCAGCAAGGAACGAAUGAGCAUGCAUCAAGAUGCCACAGGAUAUGUUUGUCUGCAGAUUCAGCCAACCAGGAAAGAGGACGCUGGUUGGUACACAGUAUCAGCUAAAAAUGAAGCAGGGAUAGUAUCAUGCACUGCCAGGCUAGACAUAUAUGCCCAGUGGCACCAGCAGAUCCCACAGCCGAUGAGGAAAGUGCGACCGUCGGGUAGCCGGUACGCCGCGCUCACAGGUCAGGGACUGGACAUCAUGUCGGCUUUCCCCACGGUGGACAACAGCCCUAUUUUGUUUACGUCCACCCCCGCUGAGGCAGCCCUGGAGAGUGAGGAGCUUUGAAGAGAAAAUUGAUUUUAAUAGGAGACAUGAGAAACAUGAGCAGAGAGGGUGAAUGGCCAAGCAAGACUCUAUGGUUUACAAGCAACCUGUUAGUAGUACGUUGACUUUUGCUGUGACGUGUUGCAAAUAGGAAAAGUAAGCACAGUUUCCUAGAAUUGUAUCGUUUAUAAUACCUUUUUUAAAUAAAGCUUAUGGCAUGUACACAUCAUCAACCGAAUCCAAAUAUAAGGUGGUAGGAAUGUUUUCUUUAGAUGAUAAAGAGUCUUGGCAUUAAAAGUUUUUUUUAAAAGUUUGAUACAUGUAGCUGUGAUCUUCAAAUUCAUUCUGAUCCCAUAUACAGUCGUAUGCCUUCCUUAUCAAAUCUUGCAACCUUCUUCCUGUUUCAUGUUUUCUGUUUUCCAGUUUUCUUACCACUUGAUGAUCUGAGUACAAAAUGCCACCAAAAUUUGAAAAUGUUCACCAGUGAUAAAAUAUACAGUAGUUUACACUGUGUUUGUCUAGGAAAUGUAAAGUAACACACAUCUACAUAAACAAUGUGAAGUAAAACAUUAUUAACACAAACAAAAUAAUAUAUACACAAAAAAAUAAUUUAGCAUGCUUUUUGGUACCCUGUUUUCUUAGUUUGAAGCCAACUGCUUGGUCUUGGCAGUUUUAAUCCUAUUACAACACUACCAUAAUAACAAAUACUAUAGUAUUUAUACUAUUUCAUUUGUGGGUAUUAUACUUUUCAGCAGUUUUAUUAACAUGGGCAGGGAAAAUAUUAAAAAUGUAGACUAAAAAAUGAUACUCUUGUCACUUUAUUUUGAUUUGCAAUGCUGAAGACCUCCAAUACAUGAUUAUCUCUUGUUCAUUUUCCAAGUCCUCAUCUUCAGCAAACAAUUUAAAUUAUUUUUUCAGUUUAAUUUUAUGUGUGGUUUAAUGUCACUUAAAUAAAGGAAAGAUUUCACUGAGGAAAUCCAUGAUAGCUUUUGGAGAGCCAUUGUGUAAGUUCUCCAUGGUGUUUUAUGAAAACAAAUUCAGAUACUGUCAGAACUUGUAAUAUACUGUAGUUUAAUUUAAAAAAAAGUUAUGCCUUGUAUCCAUAGCUGAAAAUGUUAAUCUUUCUGUGUUUUUGAAAAAAAAAACCCUGCGCUGUUCCAAAGAACCUGUUACAAGUUCUAUUGUUUUUUUUUUCAUCUUUGAAUUUACGUAAUGAAAAGUCAAAAUAAGUACUCUUGGACGGCAUAGAAAAUUUAAAGUAUUGUUAAGCUAGCUAAGCUAUUUUAAAUGCAGUGCUGAUUAUUGUAGGUAAAACACUAAAUUUGUGUUCACAGUUUAGGAACUCUAGGACUUUAUACCCUGCUUUUUUCUUUAUUACCAAAAUAUUGUUAAAAAUAAGGAUUUUCUACAAAUAUUCUACCAAAGGUGCACUUCAGUAAUAUUAUAUACUGUAUUAGAGCAAAACUAAGCUCUAAUAUAUAUGGAAUAUGAAUUAUUAUUUUUACUGUUUUAGGAGCAGACAGUCUUGUUCAUCAAGGAAAUAACACCACAUUUCUGAAAAGUUAGGUGUUGUACAGUAUUUACAGCAAACACUCCGUCUAUUUGUGAUGAUGCUUUAAAAGAACAAAUUUAUUAUUUUAUUCUGUGCUGUGUGAAAUUCAGUAAUGCCUUUAUAGUGGUCAUGAAAAUCCACUAUAAAAUAAAAAUCUGAGUUGUUUUUUACGCAAAUUAAAUUGUUCUGUUUAAAUAUUCACUAUGCUAAAUGGUAACAGAAUUUCACACAUUAAAGCAUUUACAAUGGUUCCUAGAAAGAACAGUUACUUUCAGCAAAAAAUCAACAUUUUCCUUACUUCAGUUAAAUAUGGUUUUAAAGCAAGGGAACAUAUACAGUACAAUGUUAUCUUUACAACAGUUUAGGAAGAACAAACACAUAAAUACAGUACAGGACUAUAAUAGACAGAGUUGCGUAGAUUUUGCUUAAUUUUUUGAGUUUACAGUGUCUUUCAAUAUGUACACUUAAGCAUUUAUUAUAUGGUACAACAGAAUGAAUGUUUGGCUUUCAAGCAAAGGUUUUGUUAAUGUAAAAUUGCACCUGUUGUAAGAAAGAAAAUGGACUGUUUUAUUUUUAUUUUUUCUGUGAAUAAAGUUAUAUUUAUUCCAAAAGAUGCUAGUAUCAUUUAAUGUACUUGUAUGAGAUUGUCAACUGAAUGACCUUUUUAUUUGAAUUACAGUUAUUUAUCGGGAGCAAAAAAAGAAAAGACAUUCAAGAGAAACAU